AUGGCUUCACUCCGCAGCAGCAAUCUUCCUGCUGCUGCUGCUGCUGCUGCUGCUGCUGCUACUGUAGGGGACAGUCGGGCGGAAGAGCAGGAGACGCCUCCAGCAGCAGCAGCAACAGAAACAGCAGCAGCAACAACAACAGCAACAGCAGCAACAACAGAUGCAGCAACAGCAGCAAAACCGCACGAAGAAGUCAACGUUGCUGCUACAGAGGCCUUGGCAGCAGCAGUAGCAGCAACGGGAGCUCUUGCUGCUGCUGCUGCUGCUGCACAGCCUGCUGCUGCAGCGGCUGCAGCCACGGAAGACAUCGCAUCGCUGCUAGCAGCAGAAGCAGCAGAAGCAGCAGCAGCAGCAGAAGCAGCAACAGCAGCAGCAGCAGUGCAUCAGAGCCGUCCCCAUUUCGCGCUCGCUGCAAUGCAACAGCAGCAGCAACAACAGCAACAGCAGCAGCAGCAGCAGCAACCAGGCGUAAGGGGAGAGGGCAUACACACGCCAGCUGCUGCAGCUCCCGCUGCUGCAGCUCCUGCUGCUUGUGCAAAUGCUGCAGCAGCAACACCGCAUCCGCCCGCAGCAGCUGCAGCAGAAGCUGAUGCAACAGCUGCACCAGCAGCCCCAGUGUGUCUAGUGGCAGCAACAGCAGCAGCAGCAGCAGCAACCGGCUCAUCAGCAGUAACAGAAGCAGCUGCUGCUGCAGCAGCAGCGCCUUCGAUAGUGGCCGCAGCCGCAGGAGUGCCUGCAGCAGCAGCAACAGCAACGUCACCAACAGCAGCAGCAGCAGCAGCAGCAGCACGAACUGAACAUCCAACGCAGCAGCCACGCACUGCAGCAGCAGAUCUUGCAGCAGCAACAGCAGCAACAGCAACAGCAGCAGCAGUUGUAAGUCCAACGGCCCCUGCAGCAUUACCCUUUGUGGCAGCUGCUGCAGAAGCAACAGCAUCAGCAGCAGCAGCAGGGCGUGAAGAUGCAGCAGCAGCAGCAGCAGCAACAGCAGCACUGCAGCGAAGGGGAGCUCCUCUGGCAGGAUCUGCAGCAGCAUGUGCAGCAGCAGCCACACCUGCAACAACACAUACUUCGGGCUUAGCAGCAAACCCUGCAGCAGCAACACCUGCAGCAGCAACACCUGCAGCAGCAACACCUGCAGCAGCAACACGUGAAGCAGCAACACCUGCAGCAGCAACACGUGCAGCAGCAACACCUGCAGUAGCAACACCAGCAGUUGCACCUGCAGCAGCAACACCUGCAGCAGCAACACCUGCAGUAGCAGCGCAGGCAGAACCAGCAACACCUGCAGCAGCACCACCUGCAGCAGCAACACCUGCAGCAGCAACAUCAGCAGCUGCACCUGCAGUAGCUGCAGCUGCAGCAGCAACACCUGCAGCAGCAACACCUGCAGCUGCACCUGCAGCAGCAACACCUGUAGCAGCAACACCUGCAGCAGCAACACCUGCAGCAGCAGCAACUGCAGCUGCACCUGCAGCAGCUGCACCUGCAGCAGCAACACCUGCAGCAGCAGCAACUGCAGCUGCACCUGCAGCAGCAACACCUGCAGCAGCAGCAACUGCAGCUGCACCUGGAGCAGCUGCACCUGCAGCAGCAACACCUGCAGCAGCAGCCCCUGCAGUAGCAGCGCAGGCAGCAACAGCAACACCUGCAGCAGCUGCACCUGCAGCAACAACACCUGCAGCAGUAAUAUAUGCAGCAGCAACACCUGCAGCAGCAGCACCCGAAGCAGCAUGUGCAGCGGCAACAGUAGCAGCAGCAACACCUGCAGGAGCAACACAAGCAGCAGCAAUACGUGCAGCAGCUGCACCUGCUGCUUCUGAGGUAGCCACAGCAACAGAAGCAGCUGCAGCAGCAACAGCAGCAGCAGCAGAAGCAGAUAAGGAGACAGCUUUUUGUAUGCCGGCCUCCCCCCAAUCCUCUAGUGAACAGCAACUGCUGCAGCAGCAGCUGCUGCUGCAGCAGCAGAUCGAGAAGCUGCAGCGUCAGCACCACCUCCUGCAGCUGCAGCAGCAGCAGCAACGACUGCCUCAGGAGUUGCAGCAGGAAACGAAGCAGCAGCAAUUGUCAGAGCAACUGCAGCAGGAACAGCAGCAGCAGCAGCAAUGUGCUGAGUCUUCCGCUACCCCAUCUCCGCCCUGCGCUGUUAGCGCCGCUGCUGCUGCUUCUGCUGCUGCUGCUGCUGCUUUCAAGACAGCAGAAGCUGCUGCAGUGCAGCAGCCCUGCUCUCCUGUUGCAGCAGCAGCAGCAACAGCUGCAGCGACAGCAGCAACCGGUAUGGCAGCAGCAACAGAUGCAGCAGCAGCAGCAGCAGCAAGUCCUCAUGCGCCAGCUGCUGCUGCUUCUGCUGCUGCUGCUGCUUCAGCUGCUGCUGAUUCUGCUGCAGCUGCUACGACACCAGAUAAAACGCAUGCAGCUGUGCUUGGCGUAGAUUCUGCUGCUGCUGCUGCAGUAGGAUGCUUGGCUACCGCCACACCCCUUGCUGCUGCUGGACUUGCUGCUGCAUCUGUUGCUGCUGCACCUGCUGCUGUUGCUGCACCUGCUGCUGCGUCUCCUUCUGCUGCACCUGCUGCUGUCGCACCUCCACCUGCUGCUGCUGCUGCUGCUGUGGCUCCACCAGCAGCAGCUUCUCCAGACACUGCGCAGGAAGGAGCACCGGCGGCAGGCAGCACAGCAGCAGCAGUAGCAGCAGCAGCAAGCGAUCGUCUGACGAGUGCAGCAACAGAAGAAGCUUGCGCAGCAGAGUGCCUGGGAACAGUGCCGGAAGCAGAAAGAGCAGCAGCAGCAGCAGCAACAGCAGCAGCAGCAGCAGCACUGCCAGCUCGCUCCCCGUCUACCCAGGCCCCAGAUGAAGCAGGGGCUGCACCUCCUGCUGCUGCUGCUGCUGCUGCCAGUGUAGAAGCUGCAGCAGAGGAGAUUGCGGCAAAUUUAGAAAGACCUGUUGCUGCUGCUACAGGGCCCGUUGCUGCUGCUGCAGCACCUGCUGCUGCUGCAGCACCUGCUGCUGCUGCUGCUGCAGCACCUGCUGCUCCACACGCGAACGCAUUAGAUAGCCUGUGCUUGUCUCUAGCAGAAGCAACAGCAGCAAUACCAGCAGCAGCAGCAGCAGCAGCAGCAACUGCCUCAUCAGCAGAAGCAACACCAGCAGCAACAGCAGCAGCAACAACAGCUACGCUUGCUGCUGCGGAGCCGUUGCUUCAACAGAAGGCAUUUGAGCUGCUUCCGGAGCUACGCAGCAGCAGCAGUAGCAGCAACAGCAGCAGCAGCAGCCGCAGCAACUGCGCUAGUCCGCAACGCCAUUACGAAACGAAGCCAGAAUCUGUAGAGCAGCACCCACAGCAGCAGCAGCAGCAGCAGCAGCAGCAGCCAGCAGCAAGUGCAGCGAGUAGCGAGGGUAUGCCUCCCCUUUUGUCUGGAGGCCCCAAGCGGACGCAUUCUGCUGCUGCUGCUUCUGCUGCUGCUGCUGCUGCUGUUGCUGCUUCGUCUCCCAUCCCAAAGCGGCUGCAGCGCGUUGCGCCAUUGCAGCAGCAGCCAGCAGCAACUGCUACUGCUGCUGCUGCUGCUGCUGCUGCGGAGGCAGCAGCAGAUGAAAGGAGACUAUUUGCAGAUACCCGCUAUCGAGUUGGAGACAUUGUGGAGGUCCGUUGGCUGCUGCAGGAAGAAGAAGGUGACCCCGUUGAGCAGCAGCAGCAGCAGCAGCAGCAGCAGCAGCAGCAGCAGGGGCAGCUAGUGUGGUGGCCGGCAGAGAUACGGAGGAAGGCAGCAGCAAGAAGAGACAGCAAAGGACGUGCAGAGUAUUUGCUGCAGUACUUCGAUUUAAAAGGGGUUAAAGGAGAGAGAGCUGUAGUUGUCUUUGAGGGGCCCCACACCCUCAGACACCUGGGGCCGCCGCAGCAGCAGCAGCAGGAGCAGCAGCAGCAGCACGGGCUCUCAUUAGACGAAGAAAUCGCUCAGGCACCGCAACUCUGCUGCAGGAGAGAGGGGUCUUUAUCUCCACCAAGUCCCAACUCUGAGGCUUUUCUUUGUGAAGGAGAAGAAGACCCCCCUGUCUCUGUUGCAGACAUCAUUAAAGAGCAAGAACGCCUAGAUAGAGAGCAGCUGCUGCCCUUGCAGCAGCCGCUGCUGCUGUGCGGAAGGCACCCAGAGGGCAACACUGCAGCAGCAGCAACAGCAACAGCAACAGCAGCAGCAGCAGCAGGUCUGUUGUUUUUGCUUCAGGGGACAAUAGAAACGCCUACAGCAGAGGCUGCGAUGAUGGCUGCUUUCAAUCAGCUGCCUUUGGAGACACAAAUGCUGAUGGCUAGCAGCUACCGCUCAUUUGCAGAUAAAUUUGUGGGAGCAGCAGCAGCAGCAGCAGCAGCAGCAACAGCAGCAACUGUUGGUGCUACUACUGCUGCUACUGCAGCAGCAGCAGCAGAGGAGAAGCAGCAGUAG